GGGGGUCAAUUAUACGAUCGCUAGGCCGUCGUAGUUGGUGUUGUUUGUUUUCAAAUCAUCAAAUUUUACGACAUGAUUAAGGAACAAUCGGGUGAAAGUGUCUAAAGAACAGCUCAAAACCAAUCAGAAGAAUGCGCUGCCGAAUAAAUUCCUCCGUUUAGUGGUCAGAAGUGCUUUGAGUGAGUCAAUAAAACAGGUUGAAGCCGGCGGUGGAUAGAACAUUGCUGGAGGAGAAACGAAAGGGAGGGACACUGCGCAGGGGGAUCAGGUGAAGCGAACUCCGAAAUGGUUGAUUGAAAGCCGAACCGGAAAAGAUUACUAAUUCUCUUUACGAAAGUUAUUCGCGACGCCAAACCAGGCUGAGAGUUUGGGGGUGUCGUGUGGUGAAUUCUAAUUCUCACUAAUCACCUGUGUCUGGAGCGUGGUGCACUUUUUUUGAAACUCAGCAAAACGGGUGUAAGGAAUUUUAUGAAUCGGUGUGUAUUUUUCGGUUCUACUCGACUUUCCACCCGACUGUACGCGGUGUGGUACAAAAUAAAGCGGUGAUCAGAUGCUCCAACAAUGAACUUAGACGACACAGUGGAAGUGGUCAUCCCACUGGUGAAAACCAUCACCAGCCUGUCCUUUCGGAAUCUCAGCUACAGCGUGAAUCAAAGAGGAAAUCAAAAACAGAUUCUGAAGAACAUCUCCGGGACUUUCGGCUCGGGGCGGCUAACAGCAGUCAUCGGACCAUCCGGAGGUGGUAAGUCGUCGCUUAUGAAUGCACUUAGCGGUUUCAGAACUCAAGGCGUCAAAGGUCGAAUUCUAGUCAACAAUGAACCGGUGGAUCCUCAAAAAUACCGUCAGCUGGUAGCUUACACCGCUCAAGAUGUGCCGUUACUGCCGAACAUCACCGUGCAGGAAACACUCCACUUCGCAGCGGAUCUCAAGCUGCCUUCCAGUGUCACCGGAAUUCACAAGACCAAGAUUGUGAACGACAUCGUGGCUCUGCUCGGGCUGGAGAAAUGUAUUCACAAUCAGGUGGAGGUUAUAUCCGGUGGCGAACGGAAACGUCUUUCGAUCGGACUGGAGCUGGUUUCCAACCCGAAGAUUAUGUUCUUCGAUGAGCCAACGAGCGGGUUGGAUAGUGUGGCGUCUUAUCAGGUUGUUUCCCAUCUAAAGGAACUGGCCAAGCAAGGUCGGUGUGUUGUUAGUGCUAUUCAUCAGCCAAGCUCGGAGUUGCUGGAGCUGUUCGAUGACAUUUACGUGUUGACUGAUGGACGCUGUAUGUACCAGGGUACGCUGGUGGAAAUGAUUCCGACUUUGGCGGAGGCUGGGUUUUUGUGUCCACGAUACUAUAAUCCGGCUGAUUUCGCACUCAAAAUUGCCUCAACAGUAGAAUCCGAUCCGGAUAAAACCAGCCAACUAAUGAAACGCAUGGAAUCCGCUACCAACGAACAGCUGAACGGCACUCACGACGAACAGCACGAUGGCGCCAACCUACUAAACGAACGAGGCAAGGGUUCGAGUCGACAAUAUCCAAUCUCACAGUUUCGGCAAUUUCUGAUCCUAACCCGCCGGACGGCACUGGGAACGCUAAGGAAUCUCAAACUGACCAGACUGCGCCUAAUGGGUCACAUUCUGUUCGGAACGAUUAUCGGAGCGGUUUUCUACGACGUAGGCGACAAUGGAGCCAAGGUGCUAUCGAACGUUGGCUGUCUGAUGAUGAUGCUUAUGUUUAUAGUUUUUUCCAACGCAAUGACCGUGGUGCUAACGUUCCCACUUGAAAUGUCGGUUUUUAUUCGAGAGCAUAAAAGCAACUGCUACUCUACGGUGGCCUACUUCUGUUCGAAGAUCGUCGCUGAUUUUCCGCUGAUGUUAAGCGCUGUUACCUGCUUUCAGCUUAUAGCCUACUACCUUACGGGACAGUUGAACGAAACCAACAGGGUGGUAAUGUUUUGGGGCAUUUGUGCUCUAAUGGGAUGGACCGCGCAGAUGUAUGGGAUGGUCGCGGGGAGUAUUUUCGCGGUGGAUAUUAGUCCUUUCGCCGUGCCCAGUACGGUUGUUCCGAUGAUUUUGUUCAGUGGGUUUUUCAUUCGCUACAGUGAGUUGUUGAGUGUGUUUAAACCGUUGACGUAUGUGUCUCCCUUUCGCUAUGGAUUCGAAGGGCUGGCACUGGCCACCUACGGGUUCAAUCGGACCGAGAUCGGAUGUGAGGAAAUGUUCUGUUACUAUCGGAAAAGUGCAAAGGUUCUGCAAAUGUUGGAGGUCGACAGAAGCAAUUACUGGAUAGAUGUCGCCGGGCUGGGAGUGUGGAUUUUUGUACUGCACGUUUCCUUGUAUGUAAGUUUACGAUGUAAAUUGCGAUGGAACAAAUGACUUUUAAUGGUUCUGUGAAUGCA